CGGGAACGCUAGCGCCGUACGUCAUCAUGCACAUCCUCUUCUCGCUCUUCUACACCCGCGCCUUUUGCGAGGGCGAGUGGACGGACGAGCGCGGGCACCCGGAGUGCGAGUUCGUCAACAAGUGGGCGCUGAUGGACCCGGUGGUGGGGCAGUGGGACGGAUGGGACAAGUGGACCUUCGCGUACCCCUUCGCGCAGCUGUGGUACCUCGUGUCGCUGUUCACCAAGCGCCUGUGGAGGCCCUUCGCGCUCGAGAUGCGAUGGACCCUCCUCUUCCACGUCGUCCUCGGCGUCCUCGUCGGCUACACCACGAUCGGUCGGUUCCUCUCCAUCCACCGGUCCACCGUGCACAUGCCCUACUUUUUGUGCGGGUUCCUCAUGCGCAAACACGCGUGCUUCUUCCCCAGCGCCAAGACGCCGCUCGCCAAGGCUAUGGCCGUCGCCGCUCUCGUCUUCAACGUCGGAUGCGCUCUCAUGGCGUCCUUCACGUACGGCAUGAGGGUGGAGGUUUGGUUCCAGAGCGACCCGCACGACGAGGUGUACGGCACCAGGUGGGCGUACGGCGCGCUGUACCAGCUGUGCCUCUACGCGUGGACGUUCUUCACCAUGAUGACGGUGUUUGCGCUCAUCCCGGAACCCGAGGCUGUCGGAGUCGUGUACGCCGGGGAGGAGACGCUGCCGCUGAAGGGCGCGGACGUGGAGGGGCAGACCAAGACGCCGUCCGCGCCCAAGGCUAACGCCCGAGCGGGAAAGUACGGCAAGGAGCGCGAUCAGGCGACGAUGGCGGCGAAGGUGUACCUGCGAUGCGCCAAGUGGGGCGCGAGGACGCUGUACCCUUUCGUGAUGCACAUCGCGGUGUUGCUCCUCGUGGCGAGGUACACUCGGUGGUACGACAUAACGUGGACGACGGACGGUAAGGACGCCUCGGUGUCCGUCAAGGCGGUUUGGACGCUGCUCAUGGCGUACACGUUCACCAUCGUGUUGUCGCUGAAGCCGGUGGUGGGUCUGUUCAAGUGGCUGCUGGAGCCGAACAUCUCGCCGCUGUUCAACCCGGAGCUCCAAAAGUUGUGAGGAGGGGAGGCGGGGGGUGUUAAUUGUUUCGUUGAGUUCACGACGCCAUCGGUUGGAAUAGAUAAAACGCGUCGCUCGUCU